CCACGCCUCAGUAUCGUCCGACACGUGAAGAAGAGGGUUACAACUUUGAGAUUUGAAAGAGCAGGGAUAGAAUCGAGACUUGGGACGCCAGAAUGGCUCCGCAGACACAGACAGAGCGACAAUGGAGCGCUCUCACGCCUCCGCUUUCAGAGUGGCUGUUAGAUGCCAUAUCCGCGAUGGGAUUCGCAGCGGCUACCCCCGUCCAGAAAGCCGCUAUACCAAUGUUCCUGGGCAAUAAGGACGUAGUCGUGGAGGCUGUUACCGGUUCGGGGAAAACUUUAGCGUUUUUAAUACCCAUUGUUGAACGCCUACUUCGGCUAGAUGGCCCUAUCAAGAAGCAUCAUGUUGGUGCCAUUAUUAUAUCCCCCACGCGAGAGCUCGCAACUCAGAUCUACACUGUCCUGCUUUCUUUGCUCAAGUUUCAUGCUCCUUCAGCUUCUGUCAUGAAGGCUGCGGACGACGGGGAUGCCGAUAUGACGGAGGCCGACGCACCUCCUCCGCCGAGCUUUCCACCUUCCACCCUCAAAGUCGUACCCCAAUUACUCCUGGGUGGAACUGUUACCCCGGCUCAAGACCUCAGCGCCUUUCUCAAGAACUCGCCUAACGUGCUUAUCGGGACGCCUGGCCGGCUUCUUGAGCUACUGUCUUCCCCGCAUGUUCAUUGUCCUCAGUCGUCAUUUGACGCGCUGGUACUGGAUGAAGCGGACCGUCUACUAGAUCUGGGUUUCAAGGACGAUCUUCAGAAGAUUCUCUCAAGGCUCCCUAAGCAGCGCCGUACAGGUCUUUUCAGCGCAAGUGUGAGCGAGGCGGUAGACCAGCUCAUCCGGGUUGGCCUGCGCAAUCCCGUUCGCAUUGCUGUCAGAGUCAAGGCACGAGCUAGGCAAGCCGGAAAAGCGGGCGAAGAAGGCAAGAUUGAAGACAAGCGAACACCGGCCAGUCUUCAAAUGUCUUAUUUGACCAUGCCUCCCUCACACAAGCUGCCAGCUAUAAAAGAACUACUCUUAUCCCUACAACCGCAACCGCAAAAGGUCAUUCUGUAUUUGGCGACAUGCUACUCUGUCGACUACUUCCAGCACGUCCUUCCCGAGAUCUUGGAAGGAUAUACUGUCGUUCCACUUCAUGGAAAGCAUCCAGAUAAAGUUCGACGGAAAAAUUUCACUAAAUUCGUUGAAGGCAUGGCGCCCUCCGUUCUUCUUACUACAGACGUAGCGGCCCGAGGCCUGGAUAUUCCUACCGUUGACCUUGUACUGCAGCUGGACCCUCCAAGCGACCCAAAGACCUUUAUUCAUCGUUGUGGCCGGGCAGGGCGAGCUGGCCGCAAGGGCUUGGCUGUGACAUUCCUUACGCCAGGCCCCGAGGAGGAUUAUAUCGAGUUCCUUCGCGUCCGACAGACUCCCAUAUCGUCUCUUACAUCUCCAAACAUUCGCAUCACAUCCGAAGAUGCAGAAGCAGUCACGGAGAAGAUCAGAGACGUGGUCAAAACUGACAGAGCACUCUACGAAAAAGCGCAGCGUGGAUUCGUUUCAUGGGUCCGAGCAUACAGUAAACACACUGCAAGUUCGAUUUUCCGCGUCAAUGACCUGCAAUGGGAAGAUCUGGGUCAUGCAUGGGGUCUCCUAAAACUCCCAAGCAUGCCAGAGCUGAAGAAGUGGGAUGGCGACCGCAAGCUGGGAUUAGAGUUGGACUUCACCACAUACGCAUACAAGGACAAGCAGCGCGAGAAACAGCGGCAAGCGGAACUGAACGGCGACGGGUCGGGUAAAGAGGAUAGGAAGCAUGUGAAGCCCGGACAGGAUACAGCGUGGACUCAGAAGAAGGAGCAACGCGCCACAAAAGAGGUGCGGCGCGAGAAGAAGAAGGCUAAGCGUGAGCAUGAGCGUGUGUCUAAACUGACGGACGCGGAGAAGCAGAAGGAAGCGGAACUCCAACGAAUGAUCGAGCAGGUGAGGAAGAAGGUCGUGGAAGAGGAAGGGGAGGAGGAGUUCGAAGGGUUCAGCGAUUGAGGAACAUCUCCGCAGAUCGCCAAAAGGAAUAACAUGCUAGAAUUUGAGGAACU